UCGUGACUCGUGAGCAUUGAGCAACAGAGCCACCGCGCAACGCACAAAAAGUAUCCGUUACUAUACAACUCUCUUCCCUCUAUCACACUGCUCUCUCUUCAUUUCACAGAUUUUCCUCUUCCGAAGAAUCUGGUUUUCGGACUUAAAUUCCGCAUUUUCUCCGCCGUGUGAUUCCAUCUUCCUCCGCUUCCACCACCGCCGAGCCGUCCUUCCUCACCUCCAAAAAUGCAGUUCAAACUGGAAAAGGAAAGAUCAAGAAAAAAUAAAAAAGAAAGAAAAUAAUAAUAAAAGAAAAUUUAGGAACAUCGCAUCACAUGAGCAGGGAUUUCAAAUCGCCAUGGAGAUUUAGUGGAGUUGCAUAAUUUUAGAAGCUUCGGAUCGUGCUAGAUUCUAUCUAGAUAGCUCAAACUGCAUUUGUUACUUUUAGAUUUAGAGAGGAGCACAAUGGGGGAAACACCUCCAGCGGCAACACCGAUGUCUAAGAUACAGAGGAACCUUUUAUGUACACCUGGUGGUGGUGCCAAAUUUAAGGAGGAGAAGAUUCGCGUAACGGUUCGUAUGAGGCCACUCAACCGCAAGGAACAAGCCAUGUACGACCUUAUUGCCUGGGAAUGCUUGGAUGAGCACUCCAUUAUCUUCAAGAAUCCAAAUCAAGACAGGCCUGCCACACCAUACACCUUCGAUAAGGUUUUUGCUCCCUCAUGCUCAACACAGAAGGUUUAUGAAGAAGGGGCUAGGGAUGUAGCUUUAUCGGCACUUUCAGGAAUCAAUGCAACAAUUUUUGCCUAUGGGCAGACUAGCAGUGGAAAGACCUUCACAAUGAGAGGCAUCACGGAAAAUGCUAUUAAGGACAUCUACAAUUACAUCAAGAAUAAACCUGAAAGGCAUUUCAUCUUGAAAUUCGCUGCAUUGGAAAUCUAUAAUGAGACAGUUAUAGACCUUCUAAAUCGUGAAUCCGGUCCUCUUCGGCUUUUAGAUGACCCAGAGAGAGGGACUAUUGUAGAAAAGCUGAAUGAAGAAGUAGCUAAAGAUGGUCAACAUUUAAGGCAUUUAAUUGGCAUCUGUGAAGCUCAGAGGCAAGUAGGGGAAACUGCUUUAAAUGAUAAAAGCUCAAGAUCGCAUCAAAUAGUCAGGCUGACUCUCGAGAGCAGCCUUCGUGAAAGUUCAGGCCAUGUGAAGUCUUACGUUGCUAGUUUGAAUUUUGUGGAUCUUGCUGGAAGUGAACGCAUCUCUCAAACAAAUACAUGUGGAGUCAGAUUGAAGGAAGGCAACCACAUCAACCGAAGCUUAUUGACACUUGCAACAGUCAUUAGGAAGCUAAGUGGUGGUAAACGUGGUCACAUACCAUACAGAGAUUCAAAACUGACCCGAAUAUUGCAAUCUUCAAUAGGAGGAAAUGCUCGAACAGCAAUUAUAUGUACCAUAAGUCCGUCCUUAAGUCACGUGGAGCAAACAAAAAAUACUUUAACAUUUGCUACCAGUGCAAAGGAAGUCGUUAAUAAUGCCCGUGUGAAUAUGGUUGUCUCAGAUAAGACACUAGUUAGACAGUUGCAAAAGGAAGUUGCCAGACUCGAAGGGGAGCUAAGAAGCCCUGAACUUUCUUCUUCAUCUUCAUGUCUAAGGUCAUUGCUAGCUGAAAAGGAGUUAAAAAUUACUCAGAUGGAAAAGGAUAUGGAAGACCUGAGACGCCAGAGAGACCUUGCACAAUCUCAACUUGAGCUUGAAAGAAGAGCAAAUAAAGUUCAUAAGGGUUCAAAUGAUCAUGGGUCCUCAGUUGUCAGAUGUCUUUCUUUUCCUGAAGAAAAUGAAUCAGCAAUUGGUAAACACACUCCUGACCAAAGAAAGGUGGUAGGCAGGCAGGCAAUGCUAAAGAAUUUAUUAGCUUCCCCUGAUCCAUCCAUACUGGUUGGUGAAAUUCGGAAGCUUGAGCAUCGGCAGCUGCAGCUUUGUGAGGAUGCAAAUCGGGCACUUGAGGUUCUGCACAAGGAUUUUGCUACUCACAACCUUGGAAAUCAGGAAACUGCCGAAACAAUGUCAAAAGUACUGUCUGAAAUAAAAGACUUGGUAAUAGCUGGCUCUAGUCCAGAAGAAAUUGUGACUGCAGAUAAGGCUGACCUGAUGAAAAAAAUAAGCCAGUUAAAAAAUCAAGGAAACACCAUUGCAUCUCUAGAAAGAAAACUGGAGAAUGUUCAAAAAUCUAUAGAUAAGCUGGUCUCCACUUUUGGUACGGAGGAGACACCAGACAGCAAGACCCAGCUGAGAAGGAAAAAAAUUCUUCCUUUCACCUUAAGCAACAGCCCAAAUAUGCAACACAUAAUACGUGCUCCUUGCUCACCUCUCUCCUCUUCUUGUAAAGCAAUGGAACCUGAAAUCGAGAACAGGGUACCCACAAACAAUAAUAUUGGUGGUGGUGGUACAAUUGCAAGGUUACAUAAGGAUAAUCCGAGAAAGGGUGAUGAAAGUUGUAUUUCUAUUCUAUCAAGGGAAGGAAGCCCAGCUGCACGGCAAUCAAAAUCAGUGGAUGUGAAAAAGAUUCAGAAAAUGUUUAAGAAUGCUGCCGAGGAGAACAUUAAGAGCUUUAAAGUUUAUGUUGCAGAGUUAAAAGAACUAGUGGCAAAACUGCAUUACCAGAAGCAGCUUCUUGUUUGCCAGGUUUUGGAGCUUGAGGCUAACAAGUCUGCAAAUGAAGAAACAGAUACAACUGGUGGAUCUCCCAUACCAUGGGAGUUUCUAUUUGAACAGCAGAGACAGCAAAUUAUCAUGUUAUGGCAUUUGUGCCACAUUUCUCUCGUGCAUAGGACACAGUUUUAUCUUUUGUUAAGGGGAGAUCCUUCUGAUCGGAUAUAUAUGGAAGUUGAAUUUAGAAGAUUGACAUGGUUGGAGCAGCACCUGGCAGAGCUUGGGAAUGCUAGUCCUGCACUUCUCGGUGAUGAGCCUGCAGGCCAUGUUUCAGCAAGCAUCAGAGCUCUAAGGCAAGAAAGAGAGUACCUAGCUAAAAGGGUGAACUCUAAACUUACAGCAGAGGAGAGGGAACUACUUUAUGCAAAAUGGGAAGUUCCUCCAGUUGGAAAACAAAGGAGACUGCAAUUUAUAAACAAAUUGUGGACUGACCCUUACGAUAUGCACCACGUGCAAGAAAGCGCUGAAAUUGUAGCGAAGCUCAUUGAUUUCUGUGGAUCUGAUGAAAAUAGCAAGGACAUGUUUGAAUUAAACUUUGCAAGCCCUUACAAUAAGAAAACAUGGGGUGGAUGGAACUUCAUAUCCAAUCUUCUAAAUUUGUAAACACACAAUAAAAGUAUUUUAAAAGUA